CCAGAUUUGUAUAAAACAUUUUCAUUUGAUGUUAUUGAAAUAACGUGUUGUAUUUAAAAAUCUUAAAAUGGUGUGUUAAAAUGGUGGUGAUUUUGUGAAUCAUCCUUUUUUUAAAUUGACGUGAAAGUUUCUUAUCAAUAAUUCAAAUAUCCGUUACAUCCGUGUCCUCUUGAUAGCAAGCAACCGCAACCGAUAGAACGGAGUAAUCGAUUCUGAAUUCCUCCAUUUUUAAAUAUUAUUUAAUUUCAUUUAAAACCAUAUGGAGACUCCACCAACGCCCACCUCAUCCACACCUCUUACUUCAUCGUCCGAGGGCAACAUGGACGACAUUCAGUACUUGCUGCACCUGGAGGCGUUGCGGCGUUUUCAGGAGGACAACCGGAAUGUAAGGCGCCAGGUAGAGGAGCAUGUCCGUCUCUGGUUGGACACGAAAUGCGAGUAUCAGCGGGAAUUCUAUCGGCUGGCUAGGCUUUUAAAGUGCUCCGCCUUACAAAAAGCUGUCGAUGCCCAACGCGUCUGCGAUCCGGAUCAAAUCGCCCAGGCAGCCAAGGAUACUGACAUUCUUCGUUCCAAGCUCAGCUGUAAUCUCCGCCCCGCCAUUUUGGACUGCAGAGAUCUGGAAGAGUGCCUAAAUCAGAUAAACACCGCCCAUAAGCCGCGCUUAAAUCUUUGUCGUCAGCAGCGAGAGUUCGCCCGCAACCAGGAAGCUUUAAAAAAUCUUCGCAUCGCAGUCGAUGGAUUGGAGAAUGGCAUGGAGAUCGGCAUGAUGCAGGCAAUGGACCGGCUUGUGGACGACCUACUUCCACAGAAAGAUUCAGUCAACUAAGCGGUCGUCUCCAAUGUAAAUAUAUUUUGGGAAAUAAUCCAGUUUAAUCAUUAAAAACGGAUAACUGCGAAUAAAAUCUAAGAUCUAAAACGAUUCUACGUUCACCCGAGGAUGGCAGAGGCAUUCUAAAAUAAAUAUUUAAAGCCGA